AGUUCACUUCCCUUGCGGUUUGAAACACAAACCAAUCUCUCCUCUCCACUUUCAGGUACCCCUCUAAAAAUCUCCCUUUCUUAGAGAAAAAAGAAAAGGAAAAAAAUCGAACGGAAGCUUCUCUUUUACAUUCACUCUCAAUCAAAACAUGGUGAGGGAUAGUAGUGAAUCGAAGAGAAGCACUCUGAAGUUUCUUUGUAGUUACGGCGGUAAGAUUGUUCCUCGUUCCAUUGACGGAAGUCUCCGUUACGUUGGUGGUCUGACCAGAGUUCUUGCUGUCGAUCGCUCUAUUUCCUUUGCAGAGUUGAUGGUUAAGCUUGGAGAAUUUUGCGGAUACUCCGUGGAAUUGAGGUGUCAGCUACCUAACGGAGAUUUGGAGACGUUGAUUUCAAUAAAAUCAGAAGAAGAAUUGCGUUUUCUUAUUGAAGAAUAUAAUCGGAAUUGUCGUGGUUCUAAAAUUAGAGCGGUUCUUACUCCUCCAAAGUCGCUCAAGACAAUCUCUCCUCCUCCAUCAACUCCUUCAAGCGUUGAUCUAUCCCCAACUAAAUCAAAACCAAUCACUUACGGACUGCCGAUUGGAUAUCCUAUCAGUGUUUAUAAAGACACUGGCAGAAUGCGUUACAAUUCAUAUUUUGGACAAGGAAACCCUAGAUUGGGGUGUUGUGACUCUUGCUGCUACAGAAACUGGCAUUGACGCGAAAGUAUUCCCAAAAUAGUUAUUUAGCUUUAUACAAAUUCAGAACAUAGAUGAUGACGAUAAAAAAAAAAAAUAUUUACUCAAGAGAGUUAAGUUUUGGUUUGUGAUUGGAUUGUAAAUUUGAGAAACAGAAAAAUUUAUUGACUGCCUGAGAUCCUAUGAGAUGGUUUUUUAUUCCA